GCUUGAUAUGUCGUAUUUACACAAUGCACCAACUUAGUUGAAUAUUGACAUUGAGCGAGAGAAAACAGACGAAUUUCAACAAGUUGGUUUCCAAGAGCAUUCUCAACAAAAUAUAGAUUUGCAAAUGCUACAGGAUUUAAAUAAAAAGCGAGCAAAUAUAUCAUGAUAAAGUCGUAACUUUUCACAAUCACCCUCAACAUGUUACAACCCCACACGCAGUAAAUUAGUGAGUAAACCAAAAGACUGAAAAGUGAAACAGCAGUAUGAAAACAGCAGAUGUCCUGACAUUCAUGCUGUUGACAGUUCAAACAAUAUGUCUGUCAACAGAAGUAAAAAUACCAAAGCUUAUAUUAAUUUCAAUGGAUGGUAUGAGAUAUAAUUUCCUUGACAACCUAAAUAAGGAGAGUAUUUCAAGUUUUGACUUUUUUAGAACAGGAGGUGUAAAUGUGAAAUUUAUUCGAAAUGUUUUUCCCAGUGUUACAUAUCCAAAUCAUAUGACAAUUGUUACUGGUCUUUAUCCCGAGAGCCAUGGUAUAGUCAGUAACAGUUUUUGGGAUCCAUAUUUGCAAGAUACAUUCCAUGAAGGAAAUUACCGACAAAAUUUUGAGUCCAAAUGGUUUGACGUUGGAUCAGAACCUAUAUGGGUGACAAAUUACAAAGCAGGUCAUUCACGAGAUAGUGGUGUUGUUUUGUGGCCUGGUGGCGUUGCUGAAAUGAAGUCAUAUAUGCCACGAGUAAUUCCAGGUGGUUACAUUUAUAACCUUACAUACAACUGGAACAAAAGAGUUGAUCAUUUGAUUGAAUGGUUUUCCAAAAAUGAAUCAAAUAUUCGUACGAUUAAUUUAGGAGUUUUGUACUUUCCAGAACCAGAUGAAGUAGCACAUGUACAUGGACCAGACAGCAAAGAAGUUAAAGAUAUAAUUUAUGAACUUGACAAAACUUUAGGCUAUAUGAAGAAAAGGCUGAUAGAUGAAAAUUUAUUUGAUGACAUGAAUAUCAUAAUAACAUCUGAUCAUGGUCAUACUGAUAUCAGUACUAGUCAACUAAUAAACAUAGAUCAGUAUGUUAGUAAGACACUUUAUAUUGCUAGAGUUGGCUUAAACAGUAUAGUAACUUGCUUGAAUCCAUCAAAAGCCAGUACAAGAGAAGAACUGUAUGCAAAACUGAAGAAAAUUCCCAACAUAACCUUAUACAGAAAAGGGGGUGAAAGCUCUAAGGCACUGCACUAUAGUGAUAACAGAAGAAUAUCAGAGUUUGUGCUUGAAGCAAAGAAAGGAUAUAUAUUGAAAAAUACUAAACAAAAAGGAGCUCAUGGAUUUGAUCCAGAAAAAGUUCCAGAUAUGCAUCCAUUUUUUAUUGCCUUUGGUCCAGCUUUCAAGAAAGGAUUGGGGAAUGCUGAUCCAUUCAACUCUGUUGACAUCUAUCCAUUGAUGUGCCAUAUACUUGGGAUUGACCCAGCACCUAAUAACGGAACACUUAAAAAUGUACUGCAUAUUUUAUCACAUCCUCCAUCACAACAUGCAUCUACAUUCCAAUUCACUGGCAUCACAUUUUUAGUGGUAGUAAUAUUUGUUGCCUUUGUUGGAGGAGUCUAUGCAAUAGGAGCAUGCAGACAAGGAAGAAUAAAACAAUAUGUACAAGUGAACAGAAAAAUCAUCAACCAUUCUGAGUUUGGACAAUCAUCCUUGCUGUAUGGGAGCAACGGUGAAGAUGAAGAGGAUGAAUUUUAAAGUGGCAUUACACAUGAUAUAUUGACAAUUUUUGUCUUAGGCAACAAUCAUUUAACUUCAUGUCAGGGAGGGUGUUAUGGUUUUUUUCAUAAAAAAAUUAUUUUGAUCCCCAAUUUGAUGGGGAAUUUUUUUUAUGGUUAAGCAGAUGACAAAAAUAUAUUUAAAAUCCAGAUUUUUCUUUUCCUGAUAGUGCUAAAAAAAAUUUUGGGGGGAAAGAAUUUGAUUGAUAGGGUCUAAAAAAAAAAAAAAGUUGGAGUUUAUUCUGAAAAAUAUUUCUUAGUCAGGCAAAAAACAUAAUCUGAGUUUACUAAUUUAUUUUGAGAGUUACCUCAAUUUCUGGGUACAGCUAUUAUAUAGCAAACUGGUUGUGAAUUAUGUAAUUUUUUUAUUGUAUGUUGAAAUGUUUUUGAAUGGCUGUAGUAAUAUUAUAGGUGUAAUGAACAUGCUGUAUAAAGAGUUAGACUCAGAUGUGUCUCUCUAAUUAGAUUUAGAUUUUAUACAUUUAUAAUGGGGUUUUUUUAAGUUUAGGGAUGCCAAGGGCAAAUCAUGCUUAUUACAUUCCAGAAAUAUAAAUGAGGGUUUUGAUGCUUUCAGCCUUUUUAUUGAUAGAUUUUUUUUCUAUUUAUGUCCAGUGGCAAAUAGUGAAUGCAUUAACAGGAAAAGAAUCCAUUGAUAAUAAAAUAGUCCCAGCAUAGUGGUUCAAUGUGAUGACGCUCAGAAAUUUUUACUGGCACUCAAAAUUUAGGGAAAAUUUGAUAAAUAAAAUGUUUGCAAUGAAAUAAGUCACCAAUACGUCCUCUUCAAAGAAUUUUAUAAGGGUUCUUUAACUUGCAGUUCAUGUGACACUUUUCAAUGCAUCAUAUUUAGAUUUGUGAUUCCAAUUGGACAUGGCUGAUUAUUUAUGCAUCCCAUAUAUCCAAACAGAUGCCCCUAGCCAUUUUUUUCUUUUCUCCUCACUUGGCGUCCGUUGUCGUCGUCGUUAACAAUUUUUCAAACAUCUUCUCCUCUGAAACUACUGAAUGGAUUUGGAUGAAACUUAGCAUGAUUGUUCCUUAGAUUAUCCUGCACAAACUUUGUGCUUCGAUUUUUUAUCCGUCAAAAAACAUGGCCGCCGUUAUUUAAAAUAGAACAUAGGGGUCAAAUGCAGUUUUUGGCUUAUAUCUCAAAAACUAAAGCAUUUAGAGCAAAUCUGACAUGUGGUAUAAAUGUUCAUUAGGUCAAGAUCUAUCAGCCCUGCAAUUUUCAGAUGAAUCAAACAACCCAUUGUUGGGUUGCUGCCACUUAAUUGGUAAUUUUAAGGAAAUUUUGCAGUUUUUGGUCAUUAUCUUGAAUAUUAUUAUAGAUAAAGAUAAACUGUAAACAGCAAAAAUGAUCAGCAAAGUAAGAUCUACAAAUAAGUUAAUAUGACCAAAAUUGUAAAAAGACCCCUUAAGUGGAAAUUUUUCACAAUUUGUUCAUCAUAUUUGCUAACUUUAAAAAAUCUUCUCCUCUAAAACUACUCAACCAAAUUCAACCAAACUUCAACUGAAUGAUCAGUAGGGUGUAUAAAAUAAAGUUUGUGUUUUAUUUUCUAUUUUGUCAAAAAACAUGGCCGUCAUGGCUAAAAAUAGAACACAGGGUAAAAUGUAGUUUUUGGCUUUAUCUCAAAAACUCCAGCAUUUAAAGCAAAUAAGACAAGAAGUUAAAGUAUUUAUUAGGUCAAAGUCUACCUGUCCUGAAAUUUUCAGCCGAAUUGGGUAACUGGUUUUUCAGGUAUAAUGCCCCUGAAUUGAUGAUUUUAAAGACAUUUUGCAGUGUUUGGUUAUUAUCUUGAAUAAUAUUAUAGAUACAGAUAAACUGUUAAUAGCAAAAAUGUUAAGCAAAGUAAGAUCUACAAAUAAGGCAAUUUGACCAAAAUUGUCAAUUGACACCUUAAGGAGUUAUUGCUCUUUAAAGACUUUUUUCACAAUUUGUUCAUCAUGUUGACUUACUUUAAAAAAAUCUUCUCCUUUGAAACUGCUGUAUCAAUUUCAGCCAAACUAAGGGCUAAAUGAGUUUCAGAGUAUCUAGUAUAAAUCUUAUAUUUUAUAUCCUUGUAUGUCAAGAAACAUAGCUCCUAUGGCUAAAAAAGAACAUAUAGGAGAAAAUCUUUUUUUUUUUUUUGUGCUUUUGAAGAAAAUAGGACGAUUCAAAGAACAUUUAAAUAAAUUGAAAAGCCAAAAUAAUCAUUGAUUGGAGAUUUAACCAAAAAAAUUAAGGUGACAUAUUCAGGCUCUUGAGAGCCUCUUGUUUUGAAUUCUGUUGGUUUUAUAUAUCAUUUGUCUAUAGUAGCCUUGACCUUUAAAGUGUAACUUUUUUACCUGGAAAAUGAUCUAAUUUUUCUUUCAAUGAAGAGUUUUUCCCCAAUUCAAGAUCUUUUGAAAUCAUGCCAUUGCAUUUUGCCAUCU